AGAGUGAAUUGAGACGCGAUCGUGAACGCAUGCGCUGCGUUGCAUCGGGCUUGAAAUUUGGUUGUUUUAUGUGGAAAAUCAGUUGAUAAAAAAGGAAAAGGUGUGAAAAAUCGUUAUGGAAGUCCCAUCAACGAGUGAACGAUAACAAAUAAACUAAUAAUGGUGAAAGGAUGUGGUUUUAGUUAUGUUUUAAUUGAUUUUUUGUAUUUUGGUUCUCCCUGUGUGUGCUCCCAAAUGUGAUUGAUCCUUGUUUUCUUAAUUUUAAAUUCUCUCACAUCUUCUCCUCCUCUUAUACUACCACCCCCCGCUACAAAUAAGAGAGAGAAAAUUACAUGAGUGCUAAAUGUGAUGCAAAGAAAGAUAAAAUGUGUUUUAAAAUAUCAACAAUUAGUAGGAAAUUCUAUUGUGGCAAAUCACUAAAAAAGGAUUACAAUUGGAUUAAUAUUCUAUUGGCUGCAGCAAUCUUUCUUGGAUCUCUUCAAUGGACAGAAGGAUUAUCCUCAUGUACACUACCAUGCCAACACGGAGGAAAGUGUAUGUUGAAACCAAAUGGAGAGCAGUUCUGCAACUGCACGACGCGCUACAUCGGGCCACUCUGUGAAGUCAACAAUCCAUGCCACACGGGGCCGGGGCCGCGGUGUCAGAACGGGGGCACCUGUGCACCCGUGCUGAAGGACGGCACCACGAGCUUCACGUGCCGCUGCCCCAUUGGCUUCACGGCCUCCCUGUGUGAGAUCCCGGAGAAGAAUGCCUGUGAUUCGGCGCCGUGCAACAACGGCGGCAGCUGUAUCCUCAAGUCACUGGAGGAGUACAAAUGUGCGUGUGCCCAGGGGUACACGGGGGUCCACUGCGAGAAACAGAAUCUCUGCUCCUCGUCGCCGUGUCGCAAUGGGGGCACGUGCACAUCACUUCCGGGCGGCGCCUUCAAAUGCCACUGUCCAGUGGGAUUCAAGGGUGCCACGUGCGAAGAGGAUGUUGAAGAAUGCCAGAAGAAUCCCUGCCGACACGGCGGCAAAUGCACCAAUACUCAUGGAUCUUAUCAGUGCACCUGUGAGCCAGGAUACACGGGAAAGAACUGCGAGUCAAUGUACAUUCCAUGCUCACCGUCUCCAUGCCAAAAUGGUGGCACUUGUCUCCAGUCAACGACAGUCUCGUACGAAUGCAAAUGCCCACCAGGAUUCGAAGGGAAGAACUGCGAGGAGAACAUUGAUGAUUGUCCGGGAAAUUUGUGCCAGAACGGUGGGACGUGCAUUGAUGCUGUGAAUGCGUAUCGAUGCAAAUGCCCACCGAAUUUCACGGGAGACUUCUGCGAGGCUGACAUUGAUGAAUGUGCCCUGAGACCAUCUGUGUGCCAAAAUGGUGCCACCUGUACAAACAUUAUGGGCAGCUACUCGUGCAUUUGCGUAAACGGCUGGACGGGGCCGGACUGUAGUGUUAACAUUGAUGAUUGUGAGGACGCGGCGUGCUUCAAUGGGGCCACGUGCAUUGAUGGCGUUGGGAGCUUCUACUGUCGCUGUACACCCGGCAAAACGGGUCUGCUGUGCCACUUGGAUGAUGCCUGCACCUCCAAUCCCUGCCACGCUGAUGCCAUUUGCGACACAAGCCCCAUCAACGGGUCCUUCACGUGCUCCUGCGCAUCCGGCUACAAAGGUGUCGAUUGCUCUGAGGACAUUGAUGAGUGCGAUCAAGGAUCCCCGUGCGAACACAAUGGGAUCUGCGUCAAUACUCCCGGAUCGUUUGCCUGCAACUGCUCCCAGGGCUUCACAGGACCACGCUGUGAGACGAAUGUGAAUGAAUGUGAAUCACAUCCGUGUCAGAAUGAUGGGAGUUGCCUGGAUGAUCCAGGAACCUUCCGAUGCGUCUGUAUGCCGGGAUUUACGGGAACACAGUGUGAGAUUGACAUCAAUGAAUGCGAGAACAAUCCCUGCCUCAAUGAGGGUAUCUGCCAUGACCUGAUCAAUGGGUUCAAGUGUACCUGUGCCAUUGGUUUCACAGGUUCACGUUGCCAAAUUAACAUUGAUGACUGCAUGUCUCAGCCGUGUCGCAAUGGAGGCAUUUGUCAUGAUUCCAUCGCCGGGUAUACGUGUGAAUGCCCACCAGGAUACACGGGGCUGUCGUGUGAGACAAACAUCAAUGAUUGCCAAUCAUCCCCGUGCCAUCGAGGGAUCUGCAUUGAUGGUGACAACUCAUUCACGUGCCAAUGCCACGCCGGCUACACAGGCUACCUCUGUCAGACGCAAAUUAAUGAAUGUGAAUCAAAUCCCUGCCAAUACGGCGGGCACUGUGAGGAUCUCGUUGAUGGCUACAGGUGUCGUUGCUCCCCCGGAACAUCUGGGGUUAAUUGCGAGGUGAAUGUCAAUGAAUGCCACAGCAACCCUUGUCGCAAUGGGGCAACAUGCAUCGAUGGCAUCAAUCGCUACACAUGCCAAUGCGUGCCAGGCUUCACAGGACUCUACUGCGAGACGAACAUCAAUGAAUGUGCUUCGGAACCUUGUGCCAAUGGUGGGGUUUGCAUGGAUCUCGUCAAUGCUUUCCGCUGUGAAUGCCCCCGUGGAUACUACGACGCCAGAUGCUUGAGUGAUGUGGAUGAGUGUGCUUCCAAUCCCUGUCUCAAUGGUGGUCGGUGUGAAGAUGGGGUUAAUCAGUUUAUCUGCCACUGCCCCCCUGGCUAUGGGGGAAAACGCUGUGACAUCAAUAUUGAUGAAUGUGGCUCCAAUCCGUGCCAACAUGGAGGGAUCUGUCGUGAUGGACUCAAUUCCUACUCAUGCCAAUGCAUGCCAGGAUACACAGGGACAAAUUGUGAGGUGAACAUUGAUGAUUGCGUGAACAAUCCCUGCCGCAAUGGUGGCUCAUGCAUUGAUCUCGUCAAUGGGUACAAGUGCGUGUGCCGCGUAGCCUACACGGGGCACAAUUGUGAACAAAAGAUGGAUCCUUGUCAACCAAAUCACUGCCACAAUGGUGCUAAAUGCACCCCCAGCUCCAACUACCUCGAUUUCUCGUGCACCUGCACAAUCGGCUACACCGGGAGGCUCUGCAACGAAGACAUCAAUGAAUGCGCCCUCUCGUCGCCAUGCCGAAAUGGGGCAACGUGUCGCAAUGUUCCCGGAUCCUACCAGUGCCUCUGCUCAAAGGGCUACGAGGGGCGUGAUUGCACCGUAAACACGGAUGAUUGUGCCUCAUUCCCAUGCCAAAAUGGCGGGACAUGCCUCGAUGGGAUUGGUGACUACACCUGCCUCUGUGUGGACGGCUUCGAGGGGAAGCACUGUGAAGUUGAUAUCAAUGAAUGCCUCUCAGCUCCAUGCCAGAAUGGGGCAACGUGCACGCAGUACGUGAACUCCUACACAUGCACGUGUCCACUCGGUUUCUCAGGGAUGAACUGCCAAACAAAUGACGAAGACUGCACGGAGAGUUCCUGCAUGAAUGGUGGCACAUGCAUUGAUGGGAUCAACAGCUACAGCUGCUCCUGCCUACCCGGAUUCACGGGUGCCAAUUGUCAGUACAAAAUCAACAAAUGCGACUCACAACCAUGCAAAAAUGGGGCAACAUGUCACGAUGAUCAGGGCAAUGAUUACUCCUGCUACUGCUCCUACGGCUACACGAGUAAACAGUGUACAGACUACGUGGAUUGGUGCUCACAGAAUCCUUGUGAGAAUGGCGCAACGUGUAUUCAGCGGGAGAAUGUCUUCCAAUGCAUCUGUGCCACAGGAUGGACAGGAAAGCUCUGUGACGUUGAGAUGGUGUCGUGCAAUGAUGCAGCCAUCCGGAAGAAUGUAAAGCCGAAGUAUCUCUGCAACAAUGGGACAUGCGAAGAUAUUGGGAAUUCCCAUCGUUGCCACUGCAACACCGGCUACACAGGAAGCUACUGCCAGAAGGAGAUUAAUGAGUGUGAAUCAGCUCCAUGCCAGAAUGGGGGGAUUUGCAAGGAUCUCGUUGGUGCAUAUCAGUGUAUCUGCCCAAAGGGAUUCCAAGGGCAGAAUUGUGAGCUAAACAUUGACGACUGCAAGCCGAAUCCCUGCCAAAAUGGUGGCACAUGCCAUGAUCUCAUCAACAACUUCAGCUGCUCCUGCCCUCCGGGAACAUUGGGUAUAAUCUGUGAGAUUAAUCACGAUGAUUGCGAACCCGGAGCAUGCCACAACAAUGGGACGUGCGUUGACAAAGUUGGUGGCUUUGAGUGUCGCUGCCCACCGGGAUUUGUGGGAUCACGCUGUGAGGGGGAUAUCAAUGAAUGCCUCUCCAACCCUUGCUCCAACCCUGGGACACUCGAUUGCGUCCAACUCAUCAAUGAUUACCACUGCAACUGCAAACCCGGACACAUGGGACGACACUGUGAGAUCAAGGUGGACUUUUGUGCUCAAUCUCCCUGCCAGAAUGGUGGGGUGUGCUCAAUGCGCCAGAAUGGGCAUCAAUGUGUCUGCCUUGAUGGCUUCUACGGGAAGAACUGCGAAUUUUCCGGACAUGAUUGCGACUCCAAUCCCUGCCUCAAUGGGAUUUGUGUCAUUGCCGAUAGGGGUGGGUAUCGCUGUGAAUGUCCCGCAGGAACAGCCGGGAAUAACUGUGAGAUAGACACACUGGAUGAAUGCCAGUCGAAUCCGUGCAAAAAUGGGGCUCAGUGCGAGAAUAAACUGGGAGAUUUUGAAUGUCUCUGCCCACCAAAGUAUCCGGGAAAGAUGUGCGAAACCUACGAUCCCUCCUAUCGUGGCUGGUAUAACGUACACUCCAAUGCUGUUGGGAACUUUGCAACAGAUCUAAAGUAUCAGCAGGAGUUGUGUCUUAAGCGUGGUUGCCGGGAGAAGCAGGGAAAUUUCGUUUGUGACGAAGAAUGCAACACUUAUGCGUGCAACUUUGACGGCAACGAUUGCUCCCUUGGGAUCAAUCCGUGGCGCAAUUGCACAGCAAAGAUUCGCUGCUGGCAGGUCUUUAUGGAUGGGAAAUGCGAUGAGGAGUGCAACAAUGUUCAAUGCUUGUUUGAUGGGCAUGACUGUGAGAAGGCACUACCGCAGUGCAACCCUGUGUACGAUGGCUACUGCAGCAAGCACUACGCCGAUGGGUACUGUGACUACGGAUGCAAUAAUCGCGAAUGCAACUGGGAUGGUUUGGAUUGCAUCAAUGGGCCACCGGAAUUGGCACAGGGGGUGAUCUCAGUGAUCCUCCUGAUGGACAUGGAGACAUUUAAAGACCGCAAAGUCACCUUCCUGCGCGACAUGGGCCACCAAUUAAGGACAACAGUGAGGAUACGCAAGGAUAGAGAGGGCAAUGAGCAGGUGUACCGAUGGAUUGCAAUGUCCCCCGAUGGGAUGUUGCAGAAUAAUCAAAUAGGACGCGUACCCAACAUUAUGUACACGGAGAGUGUUGUGGAUUCCGGUGUGCAGGUUUAUCUGGAAAUUGACAACCGCAAGUGUGUCAUGACGGACGAAGGGGAGUGCUUCACAACAGCCAAUGAGGCGGCAGAAUUCCUCGCAGCAACAGCAUCCCGAAGAGUCCUCCCGCAGAACUUCCCGAUUUAUCAGGUUCGUGGAAUCAUUGAGCCCGAUGGGCCAUUCGAUCCAACAGGCUCUGAGAGCAAUAAGUACGUGAUUCUGGGUGCAAUAGCUGUGAUUGUGGUGUGCUGCCUCUUUGGGGUGCUCAUCACGACAAAACGGAAGCGUGCCAAUGGGAUUACGUGGUUCCCCGAAGGAUUCUUCAGCACGAGCACGGGGCCGAGCAGGCAGUCGCGCAGACGUGGCCCAGAUGGGCAGGAGAUGAGGAAUUUGAAUAAGAACAGCUCAAUUCCGUGCAUUGAUGUGGAUAUGAAUAGUGCACACAUGGGGCAUUCGCAGCAGUGGUCAGAUGAUGAGAGUGACAUGCCACAGCCGAAGAGACUUCGUCCCUGCGAUCAAGGCUACUCAUCCGAUCACACCGUUGUCACUGACUACGAGGAGACUGAGCCACGUGUGUGGUCACAGCAGCACUUGGAAGCUGCAGACAUUCGUAUCCCGCCCUCAAUGAUGACACCCCCAGCGCAUCACGAUGGGAAGAAUGAUGUGGAUGUUCGGGGCCCGUGUGGAAUGACCCCGCUGAUGGUGGCAGCGGUGCGUGGUGGGGGCGUCGAUACAGGUGAAGAUGCCGACACAAAUGACGAUUCAACGGCUCAGGUGAUCUCUGACCUCCUGGCACAGGGUGCGGAGCUAAAUGCAACAAUGGACAAAACGGGUGAGACAUCCCUUCAUCUCGCAGCACGCUAUGCCCGUGCAGAUGCAGCCAAGAAGCUCCUCGAUGCAGGUGCUGAUGCCAAUUGCCAAGACAACACCGGCCGGACGCCACUUCAUGCUGCUGUUGCAGCCGAUGCAAUGGGUGUCUUCCAGAUCCUCCUCCGGAAUAGGGUGACGAAUCUCAAUGCUCGAAUGCACGAUGGGACAACACCGCUAAUCCUUGCUGCCCGGCUGGCCAUUGAGGGCAUGGUGGAUGAUCUAAUAAAUGCCGAUGCUGACAUCAAUGCAGCUGACAAUUCCGGCAAAACUGCCCUCCACUGGGCAGCAGCUGUAAACAAUGUGGACGCCGUGAAUGUCCUCCUGCUGCACAAUGCAAAUCGCGAUGCACAGGAUGACAAAGAUGAGACACCGCUCUUCCUGGCGGCACGCGAAGGCUCCUUCGAGGCGUGCAAAGCUCUCUUGGAUAACUUUGCGAAUCGCGAGAUCACCGAUCACAUGGAUCGAUUGCCACGAGAUGUUGCCAGUGAGCGUCUCCACAAUGACAUUGUACGUUUGCUGGAUGAGCACGUGCCGCGGAGUCCGCAAAUGGUGACGGUGAUCAAUAAUGUGAUGAUCGGAUCACCGAACCAUUCCCAAUUGAUCUCCCAUCCGACGAUCAUCACCACCGGGAAGCCGGGCAAGGCGAAGAAGCGCCAAAAGCCACUCGUUAACCCCGCAAGUCCCGAUAUGAUUGACACGAAUGGCGGUAUUGCGGUGCGACGCAAGAAUAGCGUCAAGAAGAACUCUGCAGCGAAGAAGGGACAAGCCAUGAAUGAUGUUCAACUAUCAGACGGUGGCCUCAGCUCGGUGGAAUCACCCCUCACCAACAUCCCCAGCCCCUACGAUACGGCUAGUCUCUACUCCAAUACCCUCACGGUGCCGCAUUCAAAGGAAAUCCUCGGAACGACCAAGCAACCACCCAGCUAUGAAGAUUGCAUAAAGAGCGCACGAUCAAUGCAAUCUCUGCCGAAUAUAAACUUUGAGAACUACGGCUACUCACUGGGAUCACCCUUCCCGGAAAUGAUCACAUCCCAGCGGGGUGGCAUCCAAAUUGGAGAUCAAGGACUCAGUCCACCCUACUCCAAUCACUCACCACCGCAUUCUGUACAAAGUAACUUAGCGCUUUCACCGCAAGGAUACAUCGGAUCUCCAUCUCCGGCCAAAUCACGCCCGAGUUUGCCGACGUCACCCACGCAUAUUGCAGCCAUGCGACAUGCCACACAUCAGAAGCACGGAAGCAAUCAGCCUGGGAAUAGCCAAGUUCCGGGCAAUGGAAUGGUGCCCAAUGGACAGAUCCUCAGUGCGGGAUUGUCGCAAAAUCUAGCCAAUCCCAUAAUGCCAAUUCAACUGGGGAAUUUUGAAUUUAACACGACGGGCCUGGAAAUGGCGGGAUUCUGUAGUCCACCAGAAAAAUCAUUUGUUUUUAUAGCACAAGGUACGUCAGCAUCAUCCCAGGGAUCAUCUCCAAUGAGCAACAGUCAAUCCGUUCACUCACCCGGCUCAUCAUCGGGUGCCAAUGUGAGUAGUAUGCCGAGUAGUGUGGGUACAGUGAAUGGCGGAGGAGCGGUGGGCAAUGGGCCGUCGCAGCAGCAGCAGCAGCAGCAACAGGCGCAGGUUCAUCAGGGGUUGGGCAGCUCAAAUGGUGCUAACCAGCAGUCGUGCUCAUCCUUCCAUCAGUACUUCACGCCGCCAAGUCAGCAUUCCGGCGGUGGCACGCCGCAGCAUCUCGUGCACACACUGGACAGCUACCCGACGCCCUCGCCCGAGUCCCCGGGCGACUGGUCCAGCUCGUCGCCGCACUCCAACUCAGACUGGUCUGAGGGUGUGCAAUCGCCGGCCAAUAAUGUUUACGUCACGGGUGGCCAUCAAGCCAAUAAAGGCUCCGAGGCGAUCUACAUCUAAGCCUCCACCCCUCAAUUUACAAGGAAAAUUUACAAUUUUAAUUUUUCAACAUGUAAGUGUUUAUCUAAUUUUAUUACAUUUAGCAUUUUUUUUUAUAUAAUUUGUCGAUCUUCUUUAAAACAAAAAAGUAAAUAAACAAAAUGAUAAAAUAAAAUAAGAACUGAGCAUUUGCAACAAAUCGCUAUUUAGAAUGGUUCUAAUUUCAUCAUCAUUAUCAGUAGCAUUUAGCUAAGAAUUCUUUUAUAAAAAAAAACAUUUUUUUAUGCCCCAAAUAAACCUUUUCAACGUAUUUUUUUUUAAAUAACUCUUGCAAUUUUUUCAAGGGUUUAUUUUUUUAUAAAAAUAUAUUAAUAUUUUAAUGAAAAGACAAUAAUAAAAUCCCAAUAAAUUCUUCUUAGUUGAUGAGAAAUCGUCGCCUGCAUCAGUAUUUGUUGUAUAAAUUAAAUUCCUUUUGGAAAAAAAAUGUACGACAAGUGUUGAUGCAAACGACGUAAUCAUUAGAACAGAAGAAAAAUGAAAAGAAAAAGCAUUUACUUAUUCCAGAAAAUAGACAGAAAAAAUAAUACAGGAUUACAUCGAGAAUGCCUCUAAAUAGAAAAAAAAACGUAAUUUUAUAGUGAAGCUAGACUGAUUAAAAAAAAAUUAUAAUAUAAUUUUUAUAUAAAUAAAGAAAGAGAAAUCAUUCAUUUUUUUUUUUACUUUUAUGUACAUAUUUAAAAAUUGUUAAGAAAAAGAGAAAAGAUUUGUUGUAAACACAAGAGUAUAUAAGUAAUUUUGAUUAUGUAAUAGUAUAUAUAAAAUAAAUAGAAAUUAAAUGAGAAAGACACACAAAAAA